AUAACCCUAACGGACAGAAGGAGGAGAAAGAAGGGUAAGUUUAAAGCUCCAGUCAGUUUCUCUCAUUCAUUUAUUUCCCUCCUUUUCUCGCUCCCAUUGUCGUCGCCACAGCCCGCAAGUAUUCGUCGUCGUAUAUUUGAUCCGUACUCAUGGAAACUUCUGUUGAUGUUGCACCCAGGGAGGAAAAUAGGAUUGCACCAAAUAAACCUACAGUUGUUUUUGUUCUGGGGGGCCCAGGCAGCGGAAAGGGUACCCAAUGUGCAAAUAUUGUCGAGCAUUUUGGCUAUACUCAUCUCAGUGCUGGGGAUCUUCUUCGAGCAGAAAUCAAAUCUGGCUCUGAAAAUGGAACUAUGAUUCAGAAUAUGAUAAAGGAUGGUAAGAUUGUACCAUCUGGAGUAACAAUCAAGCUUCUUGAAAAAGCAAUGCUAGAAAGUGGCAAUGACAAAUUUCUGAUUGAUGGUUUUCCUCGCAAUGAAGAAAAUCGUGCGGCAUUUGAAUCUGUUACUGAAAUUGAGCCAGAAGUUGUUUUGUUUUUUGAUUGCUCCGAAGAAGAGAUGGAGAGUCGCCUUUUAAGUAGGAACCAGGGAAGAGUAGAUGACAACAUUGAGACAAUUAGGAAGCGUUUUAAAGUUUUUCUAGAAUCUAGUAUCCCUGUGGUGGAAUACUAUGAAUCCAAGGGAAAAGUUCGGAAGAUUGAUGCUGCAAAACCAAUUGAGGAAGUUUUUAAGGAUGUUAAAGCCAUUUUUGCCCCAAAGCAUGAGAAGGCUUCUAUGGUGUAGGGAUUGGAUUGACUAUCAAUAUGAAGGUGAUGUGUUAUCUGUCGAUUGGAGUCGUAAGGUCGGCACAGGUUCUUACUUAAAGUUUUUACUUAUAGUUUACUGUGUGAUGAGGAAUAUACCUCUUUAUUCUUGUUACUGCUGUAUUCUUUGAAUAAAGGAUAAUACAAAAUAAUAAUAAUAAUUGGCUA